UUUACUUCCAUACGUUUGAGGCAGGAAGCGCCGAAUACAUAGAUGGAUAUAAAAAUCUCUUUGCCCAUUGUGUCUAAUUCCCUAAUCCUCCAUUUCUCAAAUAAUCAAACCAAAUACAAACAAAAAACAGACUUGAGAGAAAAAGAGACAUGAUUCUUCAGCAUCUCCACCAGUUCCCUCUGCGACUGUGACAGUUUCUCCCUUAUCAUUGUUCUCUAAAACUGAUUCAGGAAUAUCAUUAUUUUCAGGAAGUUCCUGGAUUCUUGUUGCUUCAAAGCAUGCUAUUUCAAAACUUUUUUGCAGGGGAUUAUAGAGGAGACAAAAAAUGGUAGAAUCAACACAAUAUGAAAGAUUUUCAAAGGAUUUUGUAAUGGGAGGAGUAGCAGCAAUUAUGGCAAAGACUGCAGCGGCACCAAUUGAGAGAGUGAAGCUUUUAUUGCAAAACCAAGGUGAAAUGAUUAAAAGAGGACAACUUAAAAAACCAUACUCAGGUGUGUGUCAUUGCUUUAAGAGGAUCUUCAUGGAAGAGGGUCUGAUUGCCUUUUGGAGAGGUCACCAGGCCAAUGUAAUACGAUAUUUCCCCACACAGGCUUUCAAUUUUGCAUUCAAAGGUUACUUCAAAAGCAUUUUUGGGUAUUCCAAAGAGAGAGACGGGUACAUUAAGUGGUUUGCUGGGAAUGUGGCUUCAGGCAGUGCUGCUGGAGCAACUACUUCACUGCUUCUGUAUCAUUUAGAUUAUGCACGGACACGGUUGGGCACUGAUGCAUUGGAGUGCCGUGCUACUGGCCAACGCCAGUUUAAAGGUCUAAUUGAUGUAUACCGUAAAACCUUAUCAAGUGAUGGAAUUGCUGGCUUGUACAGGGGAUUUGGGGUUUCAAUAUGGGGAAUCACCAUGUAUCGAGGGAUGUACUUUGGGAUCUAUGACACCAUGAAGCCUAUUGUUUUAGUGGGGCCUUUUGAGGGGAAUUUCUUUGCUAGUUUCUUCUUAGGUUGGAGCAUCACAACCUUCUCAGGGGUUUGUGCAUACCCUUUUGACACACUGCGUCGCCGAAUGAUGCUAACCUCUGGACAUCCAAACAAGUAUGAUAAUGCAAGGCAUGCAUUUCGUGAAAUUGUUCGAAAAGAGGGUUUCUUAGCUCUAUAUCGAGGAGUUACAGCAAAUAUGCUUCUUGGUGUGGCAGGAGCAGGGGUGCUCGCUGGAUAUGAUCAGCUGAACCGCAUCUCAUCUAGACACAGUCACUAUAAUGACACAAUCCAAAGAGUUUUGAAAUGAAUGGCUGAAGGUAUCUGUUUUAAGACAAACCAAAGAGCCAUUGCACAAAAAACAAACUUUUGGACAUGAUAGCCAAAGGUAUCUAUUUUAAGAGUUUAAGUUUAAGUUUUUUUUUUUUUUGGAAAAUUUAUUCAAGACUGCAAAUGCAGUUUAUCAACAUGUCUAUUCCUGUGAAUGCUGCUGGUAUUAGGUUUACAAUGUAAAAUGUACAUGGCCAGACUUCAAUUAUUUUGUUAACAUGAUUACACUGAUGUUACCUCUAGA